AUGUAUCCUAUAUACUUAUAUUAUAUAAAAGCUUUAAAACUAAGGCUAAAAGAUUUUAAGCUAGCUAAGGCUAAUAUAAUUAUUAAAGAAGAAGAAGAAGAAGAUCCUUCUAAAAUAUCUAUAAUAGUCCUAAGUUAUACUAUAACUUCUAUAGACUCUAAGAGCUACCUAGGCAUUAUAGAAGGUUAUAAUAUUCCUUUUAGUAGAGUUAUAAGAGAAAUUAGAGAAUUAAAUACUAUAGAAAAAGAAAAAGUCUUAAAGGUAAAUACUAGCUUAUUUACCUUCUUAGCUAGAGAUUUAUCUAAGCCUAGAGAAGGACCUAUAGGAAACAAAUUAGUUAUUAUAUAUUAG